AGUGGCUUAGUUGAAAACAAUAUUCAAUGGCUCUCAGAAAUGCUUUCUCUACUUUUGUGAGGUUUAGGCCUCUUUCUCUACCUUCUCCUGCCCCUCUCUUGCUCACCAGACACAACUCAAAUCAUGUACCGGUUGAUGACGUUCUCAGUGGCCUCAAGAAAGAGCAAAUACAAUUGAGGGAGACUAUCAGGAACUUCUGUGAGAAGGAGUUAGGUCCAGUAGCUGAUCAGAUUGACAGAGAUAAUCACUUCCCACAAAUGAGAGAUUUUUGGAAGAAGCUAGGAAAAAUGGGUCUACUAGGAAUAACAGCUCCAGAGAAGUAUGAUGGAGCUAAUCUUGGGUAUUUGGAGCAGACGCUGAUCGUUGAGGAGAUGUCACGAGUUAGUGCAGCCAUUGCCCUCAGCUAUGGCGCUCACUCCAAUCUCUGUGUCAAUCAAAUAGUGAGGAACGGCUCAGAGGAACAGAAGGAGAAAUAUUUACCAAAAUUGAUCAGUGGUGAACACAUUGGUGCUUUGGCUAUGAGUGAAACUGGCUCAGGCUCCGAUGUCGUCUCUAUGAAAUUAAGAGCUGACAAGAAAGGUGAUUAUUACAUAUUAAAUGGCUCCAAGUUUUGGAUCACCAAUGGCCCUGAUGCUGAUGUACUGAUAGUGUAUGCUAAAACAGAUCCUGAUAAGAAAGAACACGGCAUAAGUACAUUCAUAAUUGAAAGGGGUAUGGAAGGAUUCAGUACUGGCCCAAAGCUUGACAAACUAGGCAUGAGAGGCUCAAAUACGGGAGAACUGAUAUUUGAUAAUUGCAAAGUCCCUGCUAGUAACUUAGUAGGUGAACUAAACAAAGGCGUCUAUAUCCUAAUGAGUGGGUUGGACUAUGAGAGGUGCAUACUAGCAGGUGGUCCCAUUGGAAUAAUGCAAGCAUGUAUUGACGUAGCCUUCCCUUACAUGCACAUGAGAGAGCAGUUUAACCAUAAGAUAGGAACGUUCCAGCUGCUACAGGGAAGAAUGGCCGACAUGUAUACGAGGCUUAGCGCCUGUCGAUCGUACGUGUAUGCCGUAGCGAGGUCUUGUGACGCAGGUGGGCAGACCUCUAGUAAGGAUUGUGCUGGUGCUCUGUUGUAUGCAGCAGAGAAUUGUACUCAAGUGGCUUUGGAUGCUAUCCAGUGCUUAGGUGGUAAUGGCUACAUCAAUGAUUACCCCACUGGUAGGUUCCUUAGAGAUGCAAAGCUCUACGAGAUUGGAGCUGGCACGAGCGAAAUAAGACGAUGGCUUCUUGGCAGGUCUUUCAACAGCAUGUUCCUUGAAUAAAAAUCUCGUCAUUGUUAUUGUUAUUAUCAUAUAUACAUGUAAUUAAUUUAUUGUUUAUUGACAUUAAUUUAUUGUUAUUAUUUAUUAUAAUUAUACUGUAUGUAUAAUUUGUUUGUUUUGACUGGUCGUCUGGUCUGAUGUAA